AUGACGACGGCGCAAGUAACCCUUGUUUAUAGUGGAACGGCCGUGCGUCGUGUUAGAUAUCAGCAGCUACGCCACGACUGGGCACUUUGCGCUCACAUAUGGAAUACAUCCUUUGUCGCGAUGGGCCUAGCCACCUCGCUUUGCACCUGCAUAUUGUUGGUGAAGUGUCAAACCUUUCCAAAGGACCACGUUGUUGGCGCAAGUCGUCUGGGACGUCUGAGUGCGCUUUCGCGACUCGUACAAGGUCCCAUAGACCCAUGCAAAGAAACGGGGAGACCUUUUUCUAGACUACCAGGAUCUGCAACUAAACGUCCGCUUCAGAGGGCUGAACCGCAAGAAGCCGCAGCCAAGGAUCCCCACCGUGGAAGCAGAAACACUUUCGAAUUCUCUGCCAUGCACUUUGAUGCAGUUUCUGACCCACGUCACACCGGACCCACAAUAUUCGUCAACAUCGAUAUUCAAGCAACUUUUGCGAUUACUCUCUGACAUUCACGAUAUUCCAGGUAUAUCUAGCAUUGGUUAUGAUGCUAUACUACCAUACCAAGGUGGUCCAGAAGCCUGACUUUACGUACAAGAAACCGGUGUAGCCCGCCCAAACGUCACGAUGUUGAAAACGCCGCAUUGUUCCAAACGUGUUCUAUGCAGACGCCGCAUCAUGAGGCCUUGACGAUCG